UGUAAGAAGCAGCAGCAGCAGCAGCAGCCACAGCAGCCAGCCAGCCACACACACACACACACACACACACACACACACACACACAAAUUCUUCCUCAGAUCCUCACCUAAGCUUUCAGUAUAUCCAGAUCCGCAUCUUCACUCAAGCCGGGAGAGGGAAAGAGGAAAGGGGGGGAGGAAAAAAAAGCCAACAACUUAGCGGAAACUUCUCAGAGAAUGCUCCAAAACUCAGCAGUGAUUCUGGUGCUGGUUAUCAGUGCUGCUGCAACGCACGAGGUGGAACAGAAUGACUCUGUGAGCCCCAGAAAAUCCCGGGUGGCGGCUCAAAAUUCAGCUGAAGUGGUUCGCUGCCUCAACAGUGCCCUGCAGGUUGGCUGUGGGGCUUUUGCAUGCCUGGAAAACUCCACAUGUGACACAGAUGGGAUGUACGACAUUUGUAAAUCCUUCUUGUACAGUGCUGCUAAAUUUGACACUCAGGGAAAAGCAUUUGUCAAAGAGAGCUUAAAAUGCAUCGCCAACGGGAUCACCUCCAAGGUUUUCCUUGCCAUCCGGAGGUGCUCCACCUUCCAGAGGAUGAUCGCCGAGGUGCAGGAAGAGUGCUACAGCAAGCUGAAUGUCUGCAGUAUCGCCAAGCGCAACCCAGAAGCUAUCACUGAAGUCAUCCAGCUGCCCAAUCACUUCUCCAACAGAUACUACAACAGACUUGUCCGAAGCCUUCUGGAGUGUGAUGAAGACACAGUCCGCACCAUCAGAGACAGCCUGAUGGAGAAAAUUGGGCCCAACAUGGCUAGCCUCUUCCAUAUCCUGCAGACAGACCACUGUGCCCAGACACACCCCAGAGCUGACUUCAACAGGAGGCGCACAAAUGAGCCACAGAAGCUGAAAGUCCUCCUCAGGAACCUUCGAGGUGAGGGGGACUCUCCCUCCCACAUCAAACGCACCUCUCAUGAGAGUGCCUAAGCAGAGGGGGGUAUCCACAGCCUCGACGAAUAGCGUUUUAGGGGUGUUGACACACCAACUUUGAGUGUACUGUGCCUGGUUUGAUUUUUUUUUAAGUAAUCUCUAUUUUCUAUCCCCCCUUUAAAGAAAAUUGCAUGAAACUAGGCUUCCGUAAUCAAUAUCCCAACAUUCUGCAAUGACAGCACUAUUAUCAACGGAAUACAUGUGAUCAUUCAUCCUCUCCUUGAGAGACUGUAGUCUCUUUUAUCCCCUCUCUCUAUGAAUUCUUUUCCCAGAUUCCUACCAAUUGCUCCUCAAACACAAAACGUUCAUGUAACUUCCCAGUCAUUGUAAUCUGAAGACGUAGAGCCCUGUAGAAUGGUCACCCAGUAGAGUUAGCCAAUACAAAACAACUUUAUUUAAAUGCAUGUCUUAAAUGCUCAUAAAUAUGUUGAAUGGAAUUCGUGUUAUGAAUCUGUGCUGGCCAUGGACGAAUAUGAAUGUCACGUUUGAAUUCUUGAUCUCCAGCAAGUCUUAUGGUCUCUAUCCUCCAAUGCCUCAUUUCCUUUCUGACAUAUUUACCAAAUUGCUCAAGCCUGGUUCUCCCACCAGACUUUGAGCCAGCAUCUUCUUGCAUCUAAUGACAAACAGAAAGCUAACAUCUUAAUGUACUGUAACUGCUCAGAGCUUUAAAAGUAUCUUUAACAAUUGUCUUAAAAACAGAGAAUCUUAAGGUCUAACUGUGGAAUUAUAAAUAGCUGGAAACUAAUGUACUGUACAUAAAUUCCAGAGGACUCUGCUUAACUAAGCAGUCUAUAAGAACUUUAUCGCAUAUAGAUUUAGUUUUGUACCUUAGCUUUAUUUUCCUUUUCCUGGGAAUGAAAUAACUAUCUCACUUCCAGAUAUCCGCGUUCAUGCUCCUUGUGGCCUUUUUUAUAACUAAGGGGGUAGAAGUAGUUUUAACUCAACAUCAGAACUUCAGAUGGGCCUAUACGAGAUAGGAAAACCCAACAGGUUAUCUGAAGGACCCCAGGUAAAAUGUCAAUCUCCCAGCCCACCUCAACCCAGAGGCUAUAUUUGACUUAGGUGUAUCCUGAAACAGUUCUGUCACAUCCAACUGGGAAUUAGAGGACUCAAAAAGAUCACCCCUUUGGGCUUGGACACUGAGUGUGACAAGGCCUACUGUCCCCUUUGGAAGUGGCAGUUCUUGGCUCAUCACCUUCCAUCAGUGCCUGGCACUCUGGUCAGUGACGGUGUGGGAGAUUCUAAGCCAAUCAGGAAUGAGUCAAUCGGCCUUUGGGUCUUCAGUCUGGGGAAUCUGGGCUUGACGGGGUGUAAAUAACCCUGGGAUGUCCCGCCUUAAUAGACUCCUCUUACAUUGUCCUGUAACACGCUGCUUGCCAAAGUAGUCCUGGCAGCUGGACCAUCUCCGUAGGAUCUUUAAAGAAAAAAAAAAAAGAAAAAAGAAAAAAAAAAGAAAAAAUAUAGAGAGAAUGAAGGAGGGCGUAAGAGCUGGUGG